GUAUAUCCACUUCCUUUUCCGGCUAAGGUUUCCGAUCGUAUGGCAGGUUUGUAAACAGAAACCAUGGGUGCGUACAAGUAUAUGCAAGAAAUCUAUCGAAAGAAACAGAGUGAUGUGCUAAGAUUUUUGCUUCGUAUUCGAUGCUGGCAAUACAGACAACUCUCUGCAAUCCACCGAGCCCCACGCCCAACUCGCCCAGACAAGGCCCGCAGACUUGGAUACAAGGCAAAACAAGGCUAUGUUAUCUACCGAGUGCGUGUUCGUCGUGGAGGCCGCAAGCGACCAGUUCCCAAGGGCUGUACGUAUGGUAAACCCAAGACUCAUGGAGUUAACCAGCUCAAGUUUCAGCGCUCCCACAGAAGUGUUGCAGAGGAGCGUGUUGGUCGUAGAUGUGGUGGACUUCGAGUCUUGAACUCGUACUGGGUAGGUCAAGACUCCACGUACAAGUUCUAUGAAGUGAUUUUGGUCGACCCAUUCCACAAGGCUAUUCGGAGCAAUCCAGAAGCCAACUGGAUAUGCAAGGCCGUCCAUAAGCACCGUGAACUACGUGGCCUUACCUCUGCGGGCAAGUCAUCAAGAGGUCUCGGCAAAGGUCAUCACUUCACCCAGACCACUGGAGGUUCACGCAGGAAGAACUGGAAGAGGAAGAAUUCCCUCAGUAUCCGCAGAAAGCGAUAAGAAGAUGAUAACUUUUUUUUUUUUUUUUU